UGUUAUGAGUGGCACACGUAAACCCAUUAACACAACGGUCGGCUAAGCAAAAAGACGCGGGGAACCAUAGUCUUAAAAAGCAACAGGAAUUUGAAAAAUCUUCAUAUAUGGAAUUGGAAAUGAAAGCUCAAAAACCACGCUUUCUUUCACUUUCAUAUUCAUUGAGUUUCAGAGCAUUCCCAAACCUCAGCGAAACAUGCCCAUGAACCUGUCUCCUUCACAGAGAAUGGAAUGGGUACCAGUAGACAUGGCCUGCUCAAAAAACUCGUGGUGGGCGACCUCUCUUUCCUCGACUCAUCGCCUUUCGCAAAGCUCUUGGACUCUUGCGUCAAAUCAAAGUCGGCACACGACACGCGCCGCAUACACGCACGUAUCAUCAAGACCCAGUUUUCCUCUGAAGUUUUUAUCCAGAACAGGCUCAUUGAUGUAUAUGGAAAAUGUGGCUGUUUGGGAGAUGCACGCAAAGUGUUCGAUCAAAUGCCUGAGAAGAACACUUUCACUUGGAAUUCCAUUAUAACUGCGUUAACGAAAUUGGGUUUUCUAGAUGAGGCUGUGCAGGUUUUUGGGUCGAUGCCUGAGCAGGACCAAUGCUCGUGGAACUUGAUGGUUGCAGGUUUUGCACAACAUGAUCGUUUUGAUGAAGCUUUGGAGUAUUUUGUUAGGAUGUAUAGGGAGAAUUUUGUGCCUAAUGAGUACUCAUUUGGUAGUGCUCUUAGUGCUUGUUCGGGUCUGAUGGAUUUGAAAAUGGGUAUUCAAAUUCAUUCUUUGGUCUCGAAAUCACGGUACUCUUUGGAUGUUUAUAUGGGGUCUGCUCUUGUUGACAUGUAUUCUAAAUGUGGGAGCGUGGCUUGUGCUCAAAGAGCUUUUGAUGGGAUGAAUGAACGGAAUAGAGUUUCUUGGAACAGCUUGAUUACAUGCUAUGAGCAAAAUGGUCCCGCAAGUGAAGCUUUGGAGGUUUUUGUGAGGAUGAUGGAUUGUGGGAUUGAACCCGAUGAGGUCACUCUAGCUAGUGUGGUCAGUGCAUGUGCGAGUUUGUCAGCAAUUAGAGAAGGUAUACAGAUUCAUGCCCGUGUUGUGAAAUGCAACAAAUUUAGGGAUGAUCUUGUUUUGGGAAAUGCAUUGGUUGAUAUGUAUGCAAAAUGUAGUAGAAUCACUGAAGCCAGAUGGGUUUUCGAUAGGAUGCCAAUUAGGAAUGUGGUGUCUGAAACCUCCAUGGUAAGUGGGUAUGCAAAGGCAGCAAGUGUGAAAGCUGCAAGGUUAAUGUUUACAAAGAUGAUGGACCGGAAUGUAGUAUCUUGGAAUGCACUUAUUGCAGGAUAUACACAGAAUGGGGAGAAUGAAGAGGCGCUUAGACUUUUCCUCCUCCUAAAGAGGGAAUCUAUUUUGCCAACCCAUUACACCUUUGGGAAUCUACUCAAUGCUUGUGCCAAUCUCGCUGAACUGCAGCUGGGCAGACAGGCUCAUAGUCAUGUUUUGAAGCAUGGAUUUCGCUUUCAAUCUGGAGAGGAGAGUGACAUUUUUGUGGGAAACUCUCUUGUCGAUAUGUACAUGAAAUGUGGAUCAGUUGAAGAUGGAAGCCGGGUAUUUGAAAAUAUGGUGGAAAGGGAUUAUGUCUCUUGGAAUGCCAUGAUAGUGGGACACGCACAAAAUGGUUAUGGAACUGAAGCUCUACAAAUUUUCCAGAAAAUGUUGGCAUCUGGAGAGAAAGCAGACCAUGUCACGAUGAUUGGUGUUCUAUGUGCUUGCAGUCAUGCUGGGCUGGUUGAGGAGGGGCGUCAUUAUUUCCACUCAAUGAGCAUAGAGCAUGGUUUGGCUCCAUUGAAGGACCAUUAUUCAUGUAUGGUUGAUUUACUCGGUCGAGCUGGAUGCCUUGAUGAAGCAAAGAGUUUGGUAGACACAAUGCCAAUGCAGCCUGAUGCUGUUGUUUGGGGAUCUUUACUUGCUGCUUGUAAGGUCCAUAAGAACAUAAAGUUAGGGAAGUAUGUGGCAGAGAAUCUCUUAGAGAUUGAUCCUUUGAACUCCGGACCUUAUGUUCUUCUCUCAAACAUGUAUGCUGAGCAAGGAAAAUGGAAGGAUGCUAUGAAAGUUAGAAAACGGAUGAGACAACAGGGAGUUAAAAAGCAGCCAGGUUGCAGUUGGAUUAAAAUCCAGAGUAAUUCACAUGUUUUUAUGGUGAAAGAUAAUAGGCAUCCUCAGAGGAAGGAGAUCUAUUUACUUUUGAAGAUGCUCACGGAACAGAUGAGGAGAGCUGGUUAUGUGCCAGAUGAUGGUGACCAUGAGGCCUUUGAUGAGCAGAGUGAAUCUGAAUUCACCUUAUGUUAUGAAAUGGAAAUGGCGGUGGAUGUUGGUUGAAUUCAGAUGCUUUGUUCCCGGUAUCCUCUUUCACCAACAUCCAAUUGAUUUUUUUCUCGACUUUUGGAAUGGAUAAAUUACCCUUUUUUUCAUAAGUUUAAGCCAUUAGGAAAUGGUGAAUUUAAUCAUUUAAUCUAAUCGGAAUGAAUAAGUACUUACCAAAAAAAGUUUUAGAACUAAUAAGCAAGUUAUAGUAGUCAGUAGUUCUCAUAACUGUAAUGCUUAAAUGUUGUACCAUUACACAUUAUUCAGAAAGACAGCUACUACUCUUGAACUUAAAUUACUUUGAUUAUCAAAAAAUACUUAAAAUA